CACACACACACACACACACACACACAGCAGCAGGGCAGCGGAGAGGAGCGACAGACAGGGAUAGGGAAGUGAACGCAGCAGGUGGGCUGUUGCUGCUGCCGGUGUUACCUGCCUCUCUCCGGCUCUCCUUCCUGUCUGCCUCCGCCAGGUAAAUUCUCCGCUCGUGUUCGUGUUCUUAACCUGUUGAGCGGAAACACACGAUGAGAAACGGCGGAGCGUCGACGCACUUUGAAGCACGAAGGGGGAAUUGAGCUGGGACUCGACUGAUAGUGAGACAACAGGUCGUGAAGUAAGAGAGACACGACGGGAAAGCUGUGAGCUCGUUGGUAGCUCCUGUUUUUACUCCGCAGAGACAGUCAGAGACCGUUACAGCAGCUACACAAAGCCCGCGAGGAGUUGAGUGUGUGUACGGAGAGCUGCAGGUGGUUUAUUUCAGAGGGGGUGGCGGCAGGUAGCGAGCAGGAUGGUCCAGUAUCCCGUCUGCUGUUGACGCUCAUUAUCCUUCUCUCUGACCGAAAGUGACCAUGAAGGACACGGGGGACUCAAAGGACCACCAACUUACUGUUGCCUUGAGGAUUCGACCCCUCAGCGAUGCUGAACAGGAGGAGGCGGCUACGAUCGUGGCCCACAGAGUGGACGACCAGAUGGUGGUUCUGAUGGACCCCAUGGAGGACCCAGACGACAUCCUGCGUGCCAACCGCUCCAGGGAGAAGACUUACAUGUUCGACGUGGCGUUCGACUACUCAGCCAGUCAGGCAGAGGUGUACCGAGCUACAACCAAAGGCCUGAUUGAGGGCCUCAUAUCAGGCUACAACGCCACUGUGUUUGCCUACGGACCCACAGGUUGUGGGAAGACAUACACCAUGUUGGGGACAGACAAGGAGCCAGGCAUCUACGUUCGAACGUUAAAUGACCUGUUCCGUGCCAUUGAGGAGACCAGUGACGACAUGCUGUACAGCGUCUCCAUGUCCUAUCUGGAGAUCUACAAUGAGAUGAUCCGUGAUCUGCUGAACCCGUCUUCGGGCUUCUUGGACCUGAGAGAAGACUCAAAGGGAGUGAUUCAGGUUGCGGGCAUCACGGAGGUGUCUACCAUUAAUGCCCAAGAGAUCAUGGAACUGCUGAUGAAGGGGAACAAACAGCGCACCCAGGAGCCCACAGCCGCCAAUCAGACGUCGUCUCGCUCCCACGCCGUGCUGCAGGUGGCCGUCAAGCAGCAGAGCCGCUCUCGAGACAUUCUGCAGGAGGUCCGCUUCGCGCGACUCUUCAUGAUCGACCUUGCCGGCUCUGAACGAGCAGCUCAGACUCAGAACAGGGGUCAGCGGUUGAAAGAGGGGGCCCACAUCAACCGCUCCCUCCUGGCUUUGGGCAACUGCAUCAAUGCCCUGAGCGACAAAAAUGGCAACAAGUACGUCAACUAUCGAGACAGCAAGUUGACGCGCCUGCUAAAGGACUCGUUGGGCGGGAACAGCCGAACUGUCAUGAUAGCCCACAUUAGCCCCGCCUCUGUGGCUUUUGAGGAGUCUCGUAACACACUGACCUAUGCUGACCGUGCCAAAAGUAUUCGAACACGGGUAAAGAAGAACCUGAUAAAUGUGUCAUACCACAUUGCUCAAUACACCAACAUCAUCUCAGACCUGCGCUGCGAGAUCCAGCGGCUCAAGAAAAAGAUUGCAGAUCAGGCGAGCCGCCAGGUCAACUCAGAUCGGGCUGACAUCCGCCAUGUCCAGGCUGAAGUCCAGGCCCACUCCAGCCAGCAGAGUCGGGCGGAGAUGGAUCAGUUGAGGGAGCAGCUCUUGGAUGCCUUCCGCCAGCAGAUGGAGAUCAGGAAGAGCCUGAUGGAGCUAGAAAACAGCAACAUGGAGAUCCAGAUCGACACCUCCAGACACCUGCUAACCAUUGCAGACUGGGAGCAGGAGCGGAGCAGGCGCAGGAGGAAAUGGCGUGCAGAAAGGAGAAAGGAAAGUGUCAAUAAGGAUGAAAGCGAGAAGGACUCUGACUCCCCAGAGUCUCCCCCUGACAGCAGUGAGACACAGGAGGUGGCGAUGGCCCGAGAAAAUCUGGUCACACUCAUGGCUGAACAGAAAAGGAUUCACAAACAGAAGGCGUUGCUCGAGCGUAGGUUUCUGGAGCUCCGAGAUCGCGCCCGUCGCUUGGAGGAGCUGCUGCCUCGGCGGGUGAGCUCAGAGGAGCAGCGCGAGGUGCUGGGCCUCCUCUGCAAGGUCCACGAACUGGAGAUCGAAAACGCAGAGAUGCAGUCUCACGCGCUGCUCAAGGACAACGUCAUCCGGCAGAAAAACUUUGUGGUGCAGCGCUUCGAGCAGCACAGACAACUGUGUGACGAGAUCAUUCAGCAGCAGAGACGGUUCAUUGAUGACCACAGUCUGCUAGUACCCUCCCACCUCCAGGAGCUGUAUGAUAUCUACAUGAGGGAACUGGAUGAGAGGAAGCUGGACAGAGCCAUGGCCCUGGAUAAGGUGACCACCAGACACACCAUCAAGGAGGGAUCUUUACCCAAGAUCAGCCUGCCCAGUCAGGGUCGCGACAACCUGCAGGACAUGGACUCGGACCAGGAGAGUGUCCGCAACAUGUGCCCUGAUAACAGACGAGGCCAAGCCAAAAUUCGCAGACACACCUUGCCACCCAUUCUGCCAGAGCCUGAGCUGGACAAUAACAGAGUGUUUAAGAGCAGCCCUCACGCCAGGCAAAUGAAAAACUCGGUUGUAAUGACGCCGCCUCCCAUCCACAUUAAUGGGAAAGGCAACAGAGAGCUGCAGCCUCUGGCUCCUGAGAGCUCUCUGAGCUACAGUCACCUCAGCCACAGUGUCAGCAGCCACCUGGACUCGUCACCCGAGAGCAGCGAGGCCGGGGCCGACGUUCCCCUUUCACGAAAUGAGCGGCAGCAGAUCCUAAAGGGCGUCCAGAACAUUGUAGUGAAAGCAGCCCGUCGACGCUCCAAAGCCCUGGAGCUGGACGCUUUGCGGUUACACCCUCCCCCCUCUCCCCUGGACCACAAGAAGCAGAAAAGCAGCCUGUCUUUGAGCGAGGCGCCCCCUAGAGGUUUACCGUUGCGGCGCGGCAGGCAGCCCAGCCCUGAGCUCAGACACGCCACCUCGGACGACAACCUGUCCAGCAGCACCGGGGAGGGACCCGGCCUGCAGGUGACCUGGACGCGCCCACGCAACCGUCAGGUCGCCGCCAAGAACCAAACGCCCAGAGAAGUGGACUUCGAAGCUCGCCGCAAGAAGAGGCGCUCACGCUCCUUCGAGGUCACUGGUCAAGCACUCCCUCAAACCAAGACAACCACAGCUCAGAGGUUCCGCCCUCUGGACAGCACAUCAGACCCCCACCUCCACAUUAACGGUCAGCCCCAGGCUCCUAUGCUUCGUCCUCAGUACAGAGGGGUCCCUCCUCUUGCCAAAGUCAGGGGACCCCACAACAGCCAGCAAACAGGCUCGAAUGCAGAGUCCUCCACGGCCCACAUGAAUAACCUGAAGCGAGGGCCCCAGCUGCGGCAGCCCCAGCCCCUCCUCUACAUCACCACCACAGGCACUGGGGGCCAGCGCACUCGGAGACACUGAGCCAUCGCCCACGUCCACCCUCCACACCAGCACUAACACCCAAACCAGCUGAGCCUGAAAGGGAGAGCACCCACACCCACCCUCAGCACAGAUUAAAAUGAACACUUAACCCCUCAGUGAGUGACAUUAGGCAUGAUUUGCGAGGCAAUAUGAUGGAGACUUAACCAGACAGGAGCUGGAUACCUCCACACAGGUCUCCUCUGUGCUUUACUGAGCGAUGGCGCUGACAGGCUCCAAGCCUACAGAUGCCAAAGACUGCUAGACGUACAGUGCGUGUUCUGUUCAGUCACGUGUUUCCCCUUUAAAGCUUGCUGUCGUGCUGAAUUACUUGUUAUCGUCAAGUCGGGAUGGUGUCAAGCUCAUUAUGAAUGCAACACUGUACUAAUGUUUGUACAUUAUGAGUAUAUAUAGUCUGGUAACCUUCAGUGCUUGUAAUGAAGGCCAGAAACGGAGACAUUAAGCUAAUGAGGGAUGUUUAUGGGGCUACACCUCACAGUAAUGAUGUAAAUGAGUGUUGAGGGAUAAAGGAUGAAAAAACAUUGAAAGGAUAUUACACUAAUGGCAGUGUGAGAACUGUAUAAUGAGCAAAGGCCUACCAUCAAAAUGUUUCGGUGUCAGUAUGUUUCUUGUAGUAAGGUUGUUUCAAUUUAAUGACACACAUAUAUUUGAGUAAAAAAAAAUAUACUUGAUCAUCUUGAUUGUUGUGCACUUCUGGAUUUAAACCUUGUAUUCUCACAUGCCCCAGGUCUAUGCCUUUUCUUACCCAAACUUGACUGUUAAAUGUCAUAUGCUCUGUUUGUGUAGAUAAUACCACAGGUUAGUUGGCUGUAUUUUUAAUGAAUUAUUUAACUGUUGCCUUUUCUUUUAUGUUGUUGUUGUCAUAUACAUUGUUUUCAUAUUACUACUUUCUAUGCUUUGUUUUGUACAUUUUUUUUAAUUUGUACCCAAAUAAAUUCAAAUGAAAUAUGUUAAAUGUUGCUUAUUUUCCAGUAAAAUGUGUGUUUGCUAUUGUGAGAGAAAAGGAAAACUGAUCAGGGCAGUUCAGAUGGUCAUUUUAUGCAGAAAUGUAUUGAUUAGAAGCAAGAUCCAAAUCAACAUAUGAAAGCGUGCAUCAAAUACUUACUCUGACAUUAUUUUUAACAGUUUUGGUCCCGUGCUUAAGACUAAAAUAUCCUAUAAUGUCAUGGAAAGGAGAAUUUUGUAUGAGACACUACACAGGACUCUUUGCAUUGGUCUCAUGUGUAAUGAUCUAAAAUGUCCACUAGAUGUUGCACAGUGGCCACAGUUGGGAUGAAGAGUAUUGACACACCCAGCCUCCAGGCUUCAGGUCACCAUCAAUGGACCAUCUCUCUACUGACAUUGACAACACAAGUUUCACCAACUACAGACACUUGUAGUUAAAUUAGCUUGAUUUAACAUUUAUAAGAUCAAUUUUGUGAUUUUACUCAUUUUGUAAAAACUUUUAUGGAUUGUAUUUAAGAGGUUGCAUUUAUGAUUUUUCAUAUUAAAUUAUAUGCAGCACAUUG